UUCCUCCUGAGUUCAAGGGCAAUGGGGAACAACUAACGCCAGCAUUGUCCAUGUGCCACAAAUAAAUGGUACUGACUCGUGCUGGGAUAUGGUCCCAUAGCUGUCAACAGUCCUCACAAACGGUCAGUCCUUAACAGCAGAAAACAAACAGCUGGAGGAACUCAGUGGAUCAGUAGGAAAUUCCAAAACUAAUUCCCAUUUGUAUCUACAGUACAUUGACAAAUGGUUACAACCUAUUCUGGAUGUGACAGUUCACAUUAUUCUUCAUGAUCUCUGUUUUCAGCAUCGCUUAGAGGAAGUCAAAACAGGCGAGCCUUUCAUCGCAAAUGUUCUUUUGCCAUUUAGCAUGAAUACAUCCGAAAAGAGGCGCUGUCAUAUUCUGUUGUACAAGAAGACAAAUUAGCUUGCCUACGACGAACUGGACAAUGAGCAAUGACUUCCCUGCAUGGAAAUACAUAACUGAGAACGCAACGGCUAUUCCCAAAGAUCCGAGUGUCCAGGAUGGUUAUGUUCUACUGCUUGUUCUGGUCUCUGUCUUCAUUGGUGGGACCUUAGUCCUCCUCUCAGGCAUCCUGAUUAUCUGCAGAAGAUGCUGUGAAACUGAUCGGAGAUAUUCAAGGGCUAAUGAUGAUCCUGAAAAAACCAACACAACUUACCUGGAAGAAUCUCAGCCAACACAAGAAAUUACCAUCAAAGUCGAUGAUUCUGAGUGUUUGUCAACCGGCAGCUAUCAUGACUUGGAAACCGAGCGAUUUCUUUCCACCUAUUCAACUGGUCGCAGAGUUUCUUUCAAUGAAGCUUCGCUAUUCGACCAUGGGAAGAAAACACAGGAGAAAGGACGGAGGUAUACUCUGACCGAAGGGGAUUUUCACCAUUUAAAGAAUGCUCGAUUAACUCAUUUGCACGUCUCACCACCUUCACUGAAAAUAGUAACAAUUCAUGAGUGUGAAUCCAGUGAGAAUAACAGCUUGGCAGUGACAACCCACACUCCAUCGUCCUCCAAAACCAACCUUUCCAUUUUCCAGCCCAUCACAAAUCCACUGCCACAAACAGCUCUGACAAGCCUCUCAGUCAAUCCCAGCUCUGCCCUGCCUGGGGAUACAAUCAAUUCAUCAGUUAAUACUACCUUUGUUGAUGCAAAUGUUCCUGCACCUGCUGAUUCUGGAGAAGGUAGCGUGAGCGAGGCGGCGGCCGGGAACACCAGAGGCGGCGGUGCUGAGGCGGUGACAGCUCCUAGCCAGGGCGGCGUGCUGCAGUUCUUCACCAAGCUGCGGAGGCAUGCCAGCUUGGAAGGAGCAAGCCCCUACUUCAAGAUCAAAAAAUGGAAGUUUGAAACAAGUCAGAGAGCACUGAGCCUCGACACCAGAGGAUCUCCAAAGAGGCACCAGUUCCAUCGACAGCGAGCUGCCAGUGAAAGUAUGGAACGUGAAGACCAGGACCCUCAUCAGACUGACAUUAUACAGUACAUUGCCCACACGGAUGACGUCACUUUUUGUCCCCCUCCAACUUCAUUCACACAGUCCCCCUCCAGUCCGCCUUCAUCAGUCACCAGGUUAGAUGCGGCAGAGAUUCUGCCAGGCGGGAGUGAAAGUGCUGAAAGGAGGGAGAGCUCUGAUCAACAGAGGAUCUACCGGGAUAUCUGGAAACUUCGAGCUUCUCUCGAACUUUACAUAUCAUCAGACCAGAGCAGCAAUGAUAAGGACUCAGUCCGGAGCGACACAGAGAGUGUGUGCUCGUUGGGUGGGCCAUCCAGUGCCCUUUCCCAGGAUAUAGCUGAUGAAGAUGACGGUCUUGAGGAGAGGCCCGUGGACAAAGGAAGCAAGCAGGAUAGCGUGGAUUCCGAGCGAGGCAGCGACAGCGAAUCAAACACGAGAAAGCUCCUUCAGAUGGACAGUGGUUACGCAUCGAUAGAGGCGCCGAGCAAACUAUUAGAAGAAAGGAUUCUCAAGGCAGAUGGUGAAAGUGGGACAAAAGACAAAACGGCUUCAGAGAAAAGGCUGUUCUUCACAAGUUCUGGACGCAAAGGGACUGUCUUUGAAAGUUUUGAUGCAAAAACAUUGAGUGAAGAGAUAGAGGAGGAAGGUGCUGUUGGAGGCGAACCAGAAAGCCCCAUUGGGUGGUCACCAUAUGGCCAAAUGUUUGUAACUAGAGACUAUUUACAUAGAAGGGAUUACAGUAUUGAUGAGAAAACAGAUGCCUUAUUCAAUGAAUUCCUCCGGCAUGACCCUCAGUUUGACGAUUCUCCACUGAAGUCCAAGCACCGAUCCCGUAUCCAUCUCCGCAAGCAAUGGCAGAGGACCAAGCAAUACAGCGAUCCAGGAAUCCGCUACCCGCCUGGAUUAGAACGGCACCGAACACCUCUCCGUAGAGGUGACAGCGUGAAUUACCCACUCGACCAUCGGUACCAGAGCACCUUGCCACGCAUUGUCAGCACCACAGAUGAAGAGCAAAGUGGCAGCCAGGAACAGAUCAAAUCGCCAACUGCUAAGGACUCAGAACAUCUCGGUGUUGACACUGAAGAAAGAAUCCAUAUAAUUGAGGAAGAGACAACAGAGCAAGGAAGUGUCAUUGACCAGACUGAACAAAUAGACUUCCAGCAGCCUUUAGACCAUAUUAGUGGCUUCACAGAGACAAAUAGCUCAAACUUUGGGUAUGGGCCUCAGAUGAUAGGGGCAGAUCCCAAAGACAAAUUAACUACUAGCAUCAAUGACAGGCUGUAUAAUAAUCUUAAAAAGUCAAAGGAGAGUGGCGAGUAUGUAGUAGCUGUCACACAUGCUUCACCAGACCACAGUCCUGUUUAGCUUACUUUUGUGAAAGGUUGAUCACAAUUUUCUUUUGUAAAAUUCUCAUGUGGACGCUACUCUUUAUUGUUAGAAACUUCUGACAAACACAGACAACGUUUGCUGCUACGAUACACAACAUGCUUCAUGUUUUCCACCCCCCACCCAAUCAAAGAAUGAUCACAUAUCUGUGGAGCUUUAAUCCCUAGUACAUAUAAAUGUUUUAUUAGAAAAAUAGCUUGCUUUUUCUUUUAAAAAAGAGAAUAAAGGAGUGGUACUGAUGACUUGGGGAAAGCUUUUCCAUUCAAGUUGUUUGGCUGUUAUUUUCUGUACUUCCAAAACAUCCUGUAAUGUUUUUAAUAUUAAGAAAUGGCAUCAACUCCAGAUGAAUAGCAUUGUACACCAAGUGCUUUCUGUUCACAGAGUUGGCUGCAUUGCUCCCAUUUGCAUGUAACCUUUUCAUUCUAAGAAUAUCAUUCAAAGAACCCUCUAGGAUUGUGUAUCCACAUUAUAAUAUUGUCACCAGUGCAAGUAACUUCAAAACCUCUUUGAAAUUUAUUAAGUGUAAAUUUCCUCCUCAAGUUGUUCACUUUCUGUUAUGUUCAGAACUUCAUGUUGCAUUUUGUGAAUUAGAAUGUCAAUUCCUAAAAAAAAUUAAGAUAUCCAUCAUUGUUUUUCUUCAGUGUAAAAGUGUCUGUAGUUUUAUUAAACAUGAACAAUGCUAUUCUGUAUUUAUGGAUGGGCUAGGCACAAUAAAUGGACAACAUUUUUUCUUAUUUUACUUUAAUUUUAGAAGUCUUAUUUCCAAAGACUUUUAAUAGAUUGGUUGUCUGCCAAUCAUUCUGCACUGAAAGUUCAGAUUUGAUGGCUAAUACAUAUGCCAGUAACUAGGUAUCUAUGUAAUGCAUUUAGGCUAACUUCACAGGUUUAGAUAAUUAUAUACAAUAAUUUUAUAAAAUAUG